UGCAGCCGGUGACCGCCUCUGGUCACACUGUACAUUUUUAAUUUUUUAUAAUAGUCGAGUUUUUUUUAUAAUAACAUUUUAUCCGUCUUUUAUGCAAUAUAUUUAAUUAAUAGUAGUAAGAAGCAAUCCUACACAAACAUGCAAUCCGUACUCACCCGCUCGUUAAGCGUUGCCCGCAGAUCUUUAAAUGCUCGGCAAAUUGCCUCAUUGUCGGCUCUUUCGGAGACGCACCAGAUGCUGCAGAAGUCCUGCCGGGACUUUGCCAACAAUGAGCUCAGUGGAAACGCAUCCAAGUUCGAUCGGGAGCACCUUUAUCCAGAGAAACAGAUCCGCCAGAUGGGUGAACUGGGCGUCAUGGCAGUAGCGAUUCCCGAGGAACUGGGCGGCACUGGACUGGAUUAUGUGGCCUACGCCAUUGCCAUGGAGGAAAUCUCAAGGGGAUGUGCCUCUGCUGGCGUCAUCAUGUCGGUGAACAACUCCCUGUAUCUGGGACCGCUUCUCUCCUUUGGAAACGAUGCCCAGAAGAAGGACUACAUCACCCCGUUUACCACCGGCGAACGAGUGGGCUGCUUCGCGCUCUCUGAGCCUGGAAACGGAUCCGAUGCUGGAGCUGCUUCCACCAUAGCCACCGAUAAGGGCGAUCACUUUGUGCUGAAUGGCACGAAGGCCUGGAUCACCAAUGCCUUCGAGGCGGAGGCAGCCAUUGUGUUCGCCACCACCAACAAGCAGCUAAAGCACAAGGGCAUCUCCGCAUUCAUUGUGCCCAAGGCCACCAAGGGUUUCUCCCUGGGCAAGAAGGAGGAUAAGCUGGGCAUUCGGGGAUCCUCGACGUGCCAGCUAAUUUUCGAGGACUGCGUGGUUCCCAAGGAGAACAUGCUGGGCGAGCCGGGCUUCGGUUUCAAGAUUGCCAUGCAGACGCUGGACGCCGGCCGCAUAGGAAUCGCUGGCCAGGCGCUGGGCAUUGGUCAGGCUGCCCUGGAACUGGCCGUGGACUACGCCCAGAAGCGACAGGCCUUCGGCAAGCCCAUUGCCAAGCUCCAGUCCAUCCAGCAAAAGAUCGCGGACAUGUCGUUGGCCAUGGAGUCGGCACGUCUGCUCACCUGGCGCGCCGCCUGGCUGAAGGACCAAAAGCAGCCCUACACCAAAGAAGCUGCCAUGGCCAAGCUGGCUGCCUCGGAGGCGGCCACCUUGUGCUCCCACCAGUGCAUUCAGAUCCUGGGCGGAAUGGGCUACGUGACCGACAUGGCGGCCGAGCGUCACUACAGGGACGCCCGCAUCACUGAGAUCUACGAGGGCACCUCGGAAAUCCAGCGACUGGUUAUCGCGGGCUCCAUUCUCAAGGAGUAUGCUAGUUAAGAUCAAAGUUAUAUAUCCGUACUAUCAUCAACAUUGUAAUGUGUACUUGUGUGUGUACGUUUAAUAAAGAUCGUUUUUAAUAUAUUA